AUGCGGCCCAGGUUGAGCGGCAGCUCUGUGCGCUUCGUGGGCAUGAGAUCGGGCUGUAACCUGGAGAUUUACCGUUGUAAGGACCGCCGACAGCAUCAAUGGCGGCCUUCCGAUGCGUUUUGCCGAGUAGCUCUGUCUGCAGCGGGCAAUCGUCCGCGGUGCGAACAGCAGCUUCCGCGAGCUUUUCUCGCGGGAGGGUCUUCCGCCGACGACAUGCUCUCCCUGUUUGGAUCUAGACGACGAAGCCUCGACUGCAUCAUCCACAGUAGCAACAGCAUGGGUGGCGAUAUUGACAGUAAGGGGAACAACAUCAAUGGGAGAAACGAGAGCACUCACGAGAUCACCCCGUCAGAGAAUGCCCCCACCGCCGCGUGGCCGCCUGCUCUUUCGGCGCUGGCCAUCAAGAACGGCGGCGGCGCCGGUGGAAACGGCGCCAGCCUCUCCGAGAUUGUCAGCCAGGCGGCCCAAUGGUUGGAAGUCUACGGCGUGGUCGAUCCCGAACCCUCCGCUUCCGAGCUCCUGGCAAAAGCGGCGGGAUUCCGUUCGCCCCAGGAAAUGCAAUCUAAACAGCAGCAGCAAGGGGUAGACAAGGCGGUGCGACUUUCAACGACGGCGUGGACGGAGUUUCGAAGGCUGUGCGUUCUUCGGGCUGUCCAACACGUGCCCGUGCAGUACUUGGUCGGCGAGUGGGACUUCUACGGGCUUUCGCUGGAGAUGGCACCGCCCACCCUCAUACCGCGCCCCGAGACGGAGGAGCUCGUGGAGAUGAUUCUCAAGUGGCUUCGCCCGGACGUGAUGAACGCAAUCGCCGUCGACCGCGCCGCUGCUGGUGCUGGUGCUGGUGCUGCUGCUGCUGCCGCCGCCGGCGGUGACGGCGCCGACAGCAGUAGUGGCGACGAAAGCGGUAUGCGUUUCCUCGAUGUGGGCUCAGGGACGGGGGCGCUCGGGCUGGCGCUGCUCGGCGAGCUGCCCUUGGGGGCGCGGUGCGUGGCUGUCGACACGCAGGAGAGCGCCGUGCGGCUGUCGCGAAGAAACGCCGCACGCACCGGGCUUCAGGCCAGGUAUUCCUGCUUCCACGCCGCCGUCGCCGAGCUCGCUCCCAGGGAAAACGGGAGCGCGACCACACCUGCAAUCGAUCGGCCGCAGAGUAGCGGCGUGGAGAAGGGUGGGAGAGGGGACCUUGACUUCGACGGUAGCUUCGAUUUUGUCGUGAGCAAUCCGCCGUACAUCCCGACGAGAGAUAUGGGGAGCUUACCCCGGGACGUAGCGGACCACGAGGACAGCGUUGCCCUGGACGGAGGUGAGGAUGGUCUUGACGUCGUUAGGGACAUCGUCCGAUUGUGUCCACGACUGCUUAGGAAGGGGGGCCCGCGGCAGCUGUGGAUGGAGGUGGACACGUCUCAUCCCGAGGCUAUGCAGCGGUGGUUGGGGCUGGAGGUGGGGUUGGACGAGGGUGCCGGGGGGAGCCAGGAGUGCCGGGCGCAAGGAGUGGCGAAGUUCGAGUGGAUGCGAGACAUGUCGCAGCGCCCUCGGUUUGUUCGGUUAACCUUCGCCGAGGAAGACAAAAGGGAGACCUAGCGAGUGUGCUGUACAGGGAAGCCUGGUCCUUCUCAAAGGACGCUUCUUCAGGUGCUCACAAUUAGAGCUUGUGCGUUUCAAAGGGCGUAGGUUCUUUCACGGUAGAGGGGCCCGAUCGUUGUCGCGGUGCUGUUUGGGACCGUUGCACUGCUGUUGUACCGCUUGAGUACGUAGUUUUCAGCUUUUGUAGCGGUGAUUUUUUUGAGGAAUUAGGGAGUAUCCAAGGGAAUUAGGUCUUGUGUGUUCGUCGUUAUCUGCCACGAGAAAAUGUUCGCCGCGUGCAUCAAACAUCCAGUAACGAGCGAAACAUGCCGGAUAAUGCUCCACUGAAUAUGCCACGUUUGCAUCCUCCGGGGGUGAAUGGUGUUCCACCAAUUACUGAUAUUCAAGCCUUGUACAAUUAAGGGCGAAACCAUCCGCUGGCUCAAGCGCGUACAACUUUGCAUGAGCUGUAGGGCGCCGUUGAAGCACAGCAGCGCUUGCCUAUUAUUUUUUCUUAGAAUCUGAAGAGGGGAAACGGAAACCUGAUCCACCAAGUCUAACGUGGCCUCCAUUCUCACAACAGUGCAACACGUUCACCGUGCGAUACGUGCCUCUUUGUUCUGUUGGCUCCGUUACUCCCAUGCCCUGGUGCGUAGUGCCUGGUGCUGGUACGUUACCCUUUGAUUUUUUUAGGCGGGCGUGGGAAGUGUCCUUUUUUUUUUCUUAUAUUUUUUUCCAUCGUUUUCCGAGGGCUCUUUUCUCGACCGGUCGGUGCGGUAGCUGUUCUUUUCUUUCUAUCAUUUUUUUUUCUUUUUCCGAGUGGUUCGUACCCUGUUUUUGUUUUGUUUUCCCGCAGGGUCGUAUGUGCCGGGUUUUUGCGACCACGGGCUCCCAAUUUUUUUGGACUAUAGACCUAAUGUGAGAAACAACAACAAGACAAACAUGGACGGCAACAGCUGCGGCAGGUUUUGGCUCUUCGUGACGUAGGUGGCUCAAACGCAUCACUUUCAAACUUCCUGAUUUUUCCGUUGUGUUUGCUGGAAUCUGGAGCAGGCCGCCGACUUUGGUGUAUUUGUAAUCCGUUUUUUUUUUCGGGAAGCCUCGGAAAGGGGAAUC